AUGGAAGGCACACUUGGGUUACUUGGUGGUGGUGGUGGUGGGUCUUCCGGGGGCUCAUCAAAUGAGUCAGCAAUGUCAAAGGUGGAGGUGGUGGAGCAAGACUACGUGGGGAUGUCAUCUGAGGCAACCUCAUACCCAGCUGAGGCAGAGCUUGAGCUGGGCCUGGGCCUUGGCCUGAGCCUUGGUGGUGGUGGAGGUGGUGGUGCAGGGAAGCAGCCAAAGCCAUGUGCAUGGGGUGAGCGUGGUAGAAUCUUGACUGCUAAAGACUUCCCUUCCAUGGUGGGCUCUGCAGUCCCUUCUUCUAGGUUCUCUCACAGACCCAAUGCUUCUUCUGCUGUUGCUGUUUCUGGGACUAAGAGAGCUGCUGACUCUGUUUCUCAAGAGGGUGGCUCUCCCACUGCUGUAAGUCAAGUUGUGGGAUGGCCACCUAUUAGUGCUGCAAGGUUGAAUAGCUUGGUUAACCAAGCAAAGACUGCAAGGGCUGAAGAUGACAAGGAAGACGAGGAAAAAUCUAAGGACACUUCUAAGAAGAAGAUUAACAUGGGUAAUAAGACUACUGCUAAAGAGAAAGGGCGUCUCGGAUUUGUGAAGGUGAACAUGGAUGGAAUUCCUAUAGGGAGGAAAGUGGAUAUGAAUGCUCACUCUUGCUAUGAGACUUUAGCUCAAACACUGGAGGACAUGUUUUUCAGCCCCACUACAGCUAUUGGUGGAGACAAGGAACAAGCAACAAAACCCUCUAAACUUCUGGAUGGAUCCUCUGAGUUUGUACUCACUUAUGAAGAUAAAGAAGGAGAUUGGAUGCUUGUAGGAGAUGUGCCUUGGGGGAUGUUCAUCAGCUCAGUGAAAAGGCUUCGUAUCAUGAGGACCUCUGAGGCUAAUGGACUUGCUCCAAGAUUUCAAGAAAGCAGUGAGAGACAAAGAAACAAACCUAUCUAG